GUGGAUCUUCCCUCAACCCUUGACGUCUGUCAGGGCCGACGCAUCCAGCAACGGCCUUGCGAACGGUGUCGACUAGGGGGACACAGGACCGUCAUAUCUCCAAGGCUACCCAAAUACCUCACUCCUCAAGACCUCCAUCUCAUUUACGACUCUUCACGAUUACGAUUAUCUUCACGACCUUACGAUUAUUUAUCAUUAUAUAACCUCCCACCCUGUCUCUAACAAAAUACCUCAAACCCAAACACCAUGGCGGACAUAGAGAACGGGAGAUGCCACAAAAAAGAGGCAGAGAGCGGUCCCUCACUGCUUCAGAAUGGCAAUCUUGUGUUUCAAGCGCACCAUGUAGGAUGGAUUGUCGCAACAUCUUUCACUCUUGUUGCAAUUGCGACUUCCUUCUGGUUGAUUGUCAAGCAUCUUCAGUGGUAUACUAAUAAACGCGAGCAGCGCUAUAUCGUCCGCAUCCUCCUUCUUGUACCCAUCUACGCUGUCAUUAGUCUGGCUUCAUAUUUCUUCUGGAAUCACUCCACACCAUUACUUCUAGUUCGCGAUUGCUACGAGUCCACUGUACUCACCUCGUUCUUCUACCUACUUUUAAACUAUCUAUCCCCCGACCCGACUGAGCAGAGGGCAAUAUUCAUGAAAGCCGGUCUCUCUCGCGAGGCUGAUGCAAAAGCCAGAUUGGCCGGGGAGAAGCCGAAGAAAUGGGUCUUUCCUCUUGGGUCAGUCAAGUGGAAACCUACUGAUGGUUUGUAUUUCCUCCAAUGGAUGAAAUGGGGCGUCCUCCAGUACUGUGUUAUUCGACCACUGACUACUCUCGUCGCCGUCAUUUUGGAUUACAUGGGACUGUACUGUGAAGAAUCGUAUGGAUUAGGUUGGGGCCAUGUCUAUAUUGUCGUCAUUGUUUCCCUCUCCGUCACGAUUGCCAUGUACUGCCUGAUUCAGCUGUAUAUCCCUGUCGCUGAGAUGUUAAGGCCCCAUCGGCCCCUUCUGAAACUUUUCGCUAUCAAGGCCGUCGUGUUCCUCACGUUCUGGCAAGCAACGUUUUUGUCAGUUUUAACUAUGUUUGGUGUCGUAAAGAAUACGAAGUACAUGACUGCUGCUGACAUCAACAUCGGUAUUGGUGCGCUAUUAGAGACUUUUGAGAUGAUGCUUUUCGGCUUCUUGCAUAUCCGAGCAUUUACAUACAAAGACUAUCGACCCUUCCACGAUCCAGAGUCCAAGGACCCUCCUCCUUCUCGUACUCCAAUAUUGCGGUCCUUACGUCACGCCAUGGAUUUCCGUGAAACAUUCCGAGAAAUAUGGCAAGGUUGUGUAUAUAUGUGGGCCAAGAUGCGAGGACGUGAGCCCAAACACGAUGAAGGCGCUAAGCGAAUUGCACAUUAUGAGAGUGCGUUUGGUAAAGCCCGUAAGUCUCACCUGGACGGACCCAAGAGCGCUUUCAUCGACAGGAAACGUACUUCCGGUGCCGAAAAACUGGAAACCCAUGCAGCCACAUUCCCUGCCGUGCACAUUGAUGUCGACGAACGCGUUGACAUUGGUGGACAACGCCAGUGGCUGGGUCUUGGCAAUGAUUAUGGCUAUGGUAUUAGCAGGGAACGGAGUGAUAGUCUCGAAGUCCAGAUCGAACGAGAGCUGGAGCGAAGAGGCUAUGGAGAUCACAUUCCCGGUAGAGGUCACAUCAAACCUGCUCCCACUGAGGGCGAGCCUGUAGGAGAUCAUAGACAGCAACGCUCUUGGUGGCGGUCUGUCUAUAAUCGGGUAUCUCAAUCUGGGCAAGACGUUGACGAAGAAGAAGCUCAUUUGACCCCUUCAAGACGGACUUCAAAACGCAAGAGCAGGAGGAAGUCCGGAACACGCUCCCGCCAACGUUCCAAGGACGUAGGACGCGGAUCGUAGCUUGUUGCAUGGUUCCAACAAUAUCGAGGACCCCCCUCCUCCGAGCUUGAUUCCGUAAAAGUCGUGGCCAGGAUCAAUACUCGUGGAAUCAAGACAGUACCUUACUACAUCCCUGGAGAGCAUGGUACUGCGUAUCACGAGGAUAUACUAGCGCCUUUGUCCGUCUUCGAGGAACACAGGAGUUCUCAUGUUCAAAGGAAACAACAAAGACACAUGC